UUAAUUUAACACAUUUGCACAUACACAAAAUAAGCAAUUUAAGUCAGAAUAAUAACUAUAAUUGAGGGUUUUAUAUUAAAUUUAAUUAUUUUAAUUCAUAAACUCACUAAAUGAUAAUAUAGAGCAUGUUGUGGUGACAUCGAAUGAAUAUCUGCUGUAAAAUGUGCACACAUGUUAUUGUUUCAUUAUAAAAUGCGAAUAAAGCAGAAUAUUAAAAAUGUCUAAAACAGUGAUAAUGAAAAUAAAUGUGAGGCAUGCAGGAAACAUGCCGUUUCCAAAUGAAAUUCACAAUCGAAGCUAAAUCUAAAUCCAUCACAGAAACAAACGAAAAUGCUGUUUUUUUUAUUCCGCUGAUAUUAGUCGUAAAUUAGCUUUAUAAUAUUUCAAAGCAAACUUACAUUUCCGUUGAAAAUCCGCACAUUUUUUUUGUAAAAACGACUUUAGCCGAAAAAUAAUAAUAAUAAGACGACGAAAGCGAGCAGAAGACCUUGUGAAAACACAAACGGGUGAAAAAGGAAAAUGUCCAGAAAAAGCGUAGAAAAUGUUGAAAGAAGCUCUUGGUUCCUUAUUAAGGCGAAGAUACAAUAUUUAUUCCGUGUCUCCUGGGAUGCUCCGCUCCGUCUAUUGUCCUCCCAUUCCUCAGUGCUGAUGCUUAAUUUUCAAAACUUCUAUAUUACCAAGGGACCUACGACAUCAGCCGAGAAAUACCCUGCAAGUACAAAAUCCGUGAGCCAGCCCCGUCCGUGCAGAGGGGAGACGCUCGCGUUCCGCCAGCUUUCUGCCGUUAUACCGAGAGCGCGCGAGGGGGGACUUUUCCAUUUCUCUCGCUUUUUGAGGAUUUUAACGCAUUUUUCAUUAUUAUUAUUAUUAUCAUUCGAUCGGGGCCAGAGAGUGGAGGGGGAAAAAAACACGGGUUACUUUGGAGAAAGCACAAUGUCAGCGACCUUCCCCGGACUUGUCCACGACGCAGAGAUACGUCACGACGGAUCAAACAGCUACCGGCUCAUGCAGCUCGGCUGCCUGGAGUCCGUGGCCAACUCCUCGGUCGCCUACUCCUCCUCCUCCCCGCUCACCUACCCGGCGCCGGCGGGGACCGAGUUCGCCUCGCCCUACUUCUCCGCCAACCACCAGUACACGCCCCUGCACCACCAGUCCUUCCACUACGAGUUCCAGCACUCGCACCCGGCCGUGGCCCCGGAGGCCUACGGGCUGAACUCGCUGCACUCGGGCCAGUACUACCAGCAGAUCCACCACGGGGAGCCCGCAGACUUCAUCAACCUGCACAAUGCGCGCUCGGCCCUCAAGUCGUCGUGCCUGGACGAGCAGCAGCGGCGCGAGCUGGGCUGCCUCGACGCUUACCGGCGCCAUGACCUGUCGCUGAUGACGUCACACGGCUCCCAGGCCUACGGCGUCGGCAUGCACCACCCGGACCAGAGGCUGCUGCCCGCCGCCGGCCUGGGGCUCCCUUCGUCCGGCUCGGACGACCUGCAGGGCUCCGUGGAGGCGCAGUGUGGGCUCGUGCUGAACGGCCAAGGGGGCGUCAUCCGGAGAGGGGGGACGUGCGUGGUGAACCCUACAGAUCUGUUCUGCUCGGUACCGGGCCGCCUGUCGCUGCUCAGCUCCACCUCCAAGUACAAAGUCACCAUCGCCGAGGUGAAAAGAAGACUGUCCCCACCAGAGUGCCUCAACGCCUCCCUACUGGGCGGCAUACUGCGCAGAGCGAAGUCUAAGAACGGAGGCCGGUGUCUUCGUGAGAAAUUAGAUCGUCUAGGCCUCAACCUGCCGGCAGGACGGAGGAAAGCUGCCAACGUCACGCUGCUCACCUCCCUGGUGGAAGGUGAGGCACUCCACCUGGCGAGGGACUUCGGCUACACCUGCGAGACAGAGUUUCCCAGCAAGGCAGUGGGGGAACAUUUGGCAAGGCAGCAUAGCGAGCCGAAAGAAACCAGCGCACGCAAGAAAAUGGUCCUGGCUACAAAGCAAAUCUGUAAGGAGUUCCAGGACUUAUUGAGCCAAGAUCGCUCUCCUCUGGGCUCCUCCAGACCGACCCCCAUCCUGGACCUGGACAUCCAGAGACACCUCACACACUUCAGUCUGAUCACUCACGGGUUCGGCACGCCGGCGGUCUGCGCGGCUCUCAGCACCUUCCAGACGGUCCUCAGUGAGAUGCUCAACUACCUGGACAAGAACUCGAGCGGGAAGACGAGCGGACCCAACGACCAACAGAUCAACAACAGCUCGGAAAAGUCGCAGCUCCGGAAAACAGCCGAGCCCCAGAGCAAAGACGGGAAAACAGAAAAGACUGAGUAGCCCACACCCACACGGUCCCCGUGCCUUGGAGCGCUGCAUUUAGGAGUG